UGGAAGUGGAAGCAGGAGAAGGGGAAGAUGUGGGGGUGAAGAAAGUACUAUAGUGAUGUGUUGUGCUAUGACAGAUGAUGUUAUGGUUAAGUAAAUUACUUGAAAUAUUGUUAAACAACGCAUUUCGAUACGCAUCUGUAUUCAAUCAGAUGCUUAAUAGUAUAGAAAGCUCUUUAUAUUAAUUAGUAUGAACUUAUUAAAAUCUUACGCCUUAUUAUCUAUUCAGUUGCUCCCUUUCCAAUAAUUACCAUGGGUUAUCAAAAAAUUGUUGCAUUAUUUUGGAUUACAAUAUGUGGAUUGUGUUUAAAUUAUAAUAAUCUAAUUUCGUGUAUGAGUUUGGAAGAAAAAAAUCAACUAAAAGAACAAUCCAAAGAAAUGUUUUAUCAUGCUUAUCAAGCUUACAUGGAUCAUGCAUAUCCUGCUGACGAGCUUAUGCCUCUAAGUUGUAAAGGGCGAUAUCGUGAUAUUGAACCCAAUCGUGGGGACAUAGAUGAUGCUCUGGGAAAUUUUUCUUUAACUCUUGUUGAUACACUGGAUACUUUAGUGGUGCUAGGUGAUUUUGAUGAGUUUGAGCGAGCUGUUAAAAAAGUUAUCAAAGAUGUUUCAUUUGAUAGUGAUGUCAUUGUUUCUGUUUUUGAAACUAAUAUACGCAUGUUGGGGGGUUUAGUAAGUGGUCAUAUAUUAGCAUCCUAUACUCAAGAUCAUCUAAAAAGGAUGCCAUGGUAUCAAGGAGAGCUACUAAAUAUGGCUAGGGAUCUUGGGUACAGACUUCUUCCUGCCUUCAAUACAACCACUGGUGUGCCUCACCCUAGGAUCAAUCUUCGUUAUGGUUUGAAAUCUCCUAAACUUGGAGUUGUGAGAGAGACAUGUACUGCUUGUGCUGGGACUAUGAUUUUAGAAUUUGCUGCUCUAAGUCGUUUGACUGGAGAAACCAUUUUUGAAGAGAAAGCUCGAAUUGCCAUGGAUUACUUGUGGCAACAGCGGCAUCGAACUAGCGAUUUAAUGGGAACUGUGCUCAACAUUCAUAAUGGUGACUGGAUUAGACGAGACAGUGGUGUUGGAGCUGGUAUUGAUUCAUAUUAUGAGUAUUGCUUGAAAGCUUACAUUCUUUUGGGCGAUGAUGUUUACCUUGAACGUUUUAACAAACACUAUUCUGCAGUUAUGAAGUAUGUUAGUCAAGGCCCAUUACUUGUUGAUGUUCAUAUGCAUAGACCACAUACUAAUUCAAGGAAUUUUAUGGAUGCCUUACUAGCUUUCUGGCCCGGAUUACAAGUUCUAAAGGGAGAUAUAAAGCCAGCCAUUGAAACCCAUGAAAUGUUGUAUCAAGUUAUGCAGAGGCAUAAUUUUUUACCAGAGGCCUUUACAGUUGACUUUCAAGUUCAUUGGGGUCAGCAUCCAUUGCGUCCUGAAUUUGUAGAAAGCACUUAUUUCCUAUACAAAGCUACAAAUGAUCCAUACUAUUUGGAUGUUGGAAAGAAAGUUUUAAAUAGUCUUCAGAAAUAUGCUAGAGUGCCUUGUGGCUUUGCAGCUGUAAAAGAUGUCAGGACCGGCAGUCACGAAGAUAGGAUGGAUUCAUUUGUUUUAGCUGAAACCUUGAAGUACCUCUAUCUGUUAUUUGCAAACAAAGAUGAACUAACUUUGGAGGUUGACGAUUUUGUGUUUACAACUGAAGCUCAUUUGUUACCUCUUAGUCUGGCUAGAAUUAGCAAUGCAAGUCUUCUUGAUUCUCCAAAAUUAGUGAACAUUGAUGAGAGUGUCACUGAAGAUUUCACCCAUAGUUGCCCUAACACUCAUUACCUUUUCCCUGAAGGACGAAAUUUUGCUCAAACUAUCCGCAUCCCCCUUAAAAAUCUUGUCGAAGAAGUAUGUCCAUCUACUAAAGCACACGUUAGAACUUUGCAUGCAUCUGAAUUCCAAGGAAACAAUAAAGAACAUUUGGAAGCUGUUAGAAAGAUGGGUAUUACCGUUUUAAAACUAGGAGAUGGAAAAAUUCAAUUAAUUCACAAUAUUUCUAUGGCUGAAUCUUCUGAGAGGGCUCAAGAAGGUAUUAUGUUCAUGCAAGAAAUAGUUGGACAAACAACAGGUCUAUACCACUUGGGUUCAUUGGCAGAUGAUUACCAGACUGUAUACUUUCAUGACGAAGGAAGUAGUCUAAGAGCGUUGCUGACCGCCUGCCCCGCUAAAUUUGGAAUUGACCUCAGAGGGAAACCACCUUUGGAAGCUAAACUCCAAAUUGCACGCCCUUUAAAAGCUUGCUCACCUAUACAGAAUGGUGAUGAGCUUCAAGGUAAAAUUGCCAUCAUAAAGCGAGGUGACUGCAUGUUUGUAGACAAGGCACAUUAUCUUCAGCAGACAGGUGCUGUUGGUGGUAUAGUUAUUGAUAAUAAUCCUGGUUCCAGUUUAAAGAAGACAAGAUUAUUUUCAAUGGAUGGGAAUGGAAGGAAUGACAUAACUAUUCCAGUUGUGUUUCUCUUCAGUGAAGAGGCUGCAAUCCUUCUAGAUGCAUUCAAGAAAAACCAAGAGAUAAUUGUUGGAUUAGCUUCUGGGCGUUAUGAAGGUGAUGUUCUCAAUGAAGAAAUUGCUAAUGAAUUCAACGAGGAACCCAAAGAAACCGAUGAAGUCACAUUUGUGGAUCCCAAGUCUUCCACUAAAAUGUUUGAAGCAGGAGGUUUUAUUCUUGCUCAGCAAAGGGUGCAAUCCUUGCUGAGCAAGCUUCACAAUCUCAAGCAGUUCAAGGUCGACCUGGAUCAACUUGCUAGUCAAAUCAAUGACGAUUUCAUCAGUCCAGCCAAAAAUGACAAUGAUGCGUAUCAGCAAAUAACUCGGGAGACAGACUUCAUCGUUGCUUUGGAGCGACUCAUGAAAAAGGAGAAAAUAUUGGAGAUAGAUCAAGAUCUGCAGAUCAUAUUGUCUCGUCUUCGAGAACUGGUCAAAAUGCAGACUUUCAACCUCAAUGCCAAAGACAGAUUGUUUUGUUCAAAUGCGGACACCAAGACUCUCAAUCCUCUCGUAAACAGAGGUGCUUUUAUUGAAUUUAUGAGUUGUAAAUAUUGUCCUUUAAGGAACAUUAAAAAAUUAUUCCACAAAGACUCAAAGACUUCAGUGGUGCCUGAAGAGAGUGUUGAAAGUAAUGUAUAUGUUGAGAGAACUGGUAAGCAAGGAUUGUCAGACAAAGAUUUAUGACGACCGUAGGGAAGUUUAAGCUUGUUAAAAGUUUCUAUAACAUUUGGUUUUUCAUUCCCUCCAUUUCAGGUUUUUGUUUUUCCAUUUUCGCUCAACUCUAUUUAUUAAUGAAAAUAAUUUCAAUUAUUCUUUAUUUACCGGAAUGAUGUACAAAUCAUUGCACACUUGUUUUAUCGCACACAUGACUAACGAUAAUUGGAAAAAUAUGUAAUUUAACCCUUUAUGCUUUAAUAUUACUUUAUAAUACAAUUGAUUUAAAUUGUAAAUUAAAAGUUUUUCUGUUUUUAUAUGAUAUACAGAGUUAACAAUUCCUUGCAUAAGGCUCUAGUUUGCUGUGGCAAAAGAUCCUUCAGGCCUUAUUUUCACUUAAAUGAACUGUGGUUUUGAUUGAGUUUUUUGUUGGUAAAACUUUCUGUUAAGGUUCCGCUAGUAACCUUCUGCUUAGGAUGCAAAAACCUGCUAUUCUGGUCUAGUUGUAAGCAAAACUCUAGCAAAUAUUUUUUACUCAUUUACUCGAUUGCUAUUAUAAACAGAUCAUUUCCUUAAUUUGUAACUUACAAAUGAUUUUUUUUUCUAUAUUCUAAAGAAAAAUUUUAAUUAGCUUUGAGAAAGUUAGAAUGUUUGAGAAUGUUGUUGUCCAUCCUAGUAAAAAUAUGUUUAACUUUUCAAAAAUUUCAACAAACAGGUUUACAAAUCAGUAAAUUCUUAUAUUUAAAAAUUAAAGAACCAAUAUACAUAUAAAAUUAUAAACAAAAUCAAAAAAAUAUAUUAAAAUUUCCAUUGAGUUAAUAAAUUGGAAAAUCACUGCCAUAUAAUUCCACAUUUGUUAUUGCACAAAAUGGCUCGAAUACCCCUGAAAUAAGUUAAAAUUUGUUUUUCAACAUUACUAAUUUCUAAUUCUUCAGUAUAAAUUUUCUGACAAUGUAUUAGGAUUACUCCUGAUAAUUCAAUUCCAUUAUUUCACAUUUACAUGUUGAAUUCAAAUGUUUUUUAUGAUCAUUUGAAGCAUAAAGGGUUAAUUUGCAUUAGAAAUGGAGGCUUUGUCCCUGCAAAAUGUGUGUGUUAUUUCUUUAAAAUAUGCUGCUGGGUUAUGGUGGGAAAAAAUAGUAGAUAAUAAUAAAUUUAUGUGCCAGUAAAAUGAUACUUUUAUUUAAUAAGGGUAAUAUUAUAAUGAAAUAUAACCCUUCUGGAUUGUAACUGUGUUAAAGGCUCAAAUGCCAGAAGAUAUUUAUGACCUAUGAAUCUCAUGCUAAUUAUUAGGUUUUAGUUUAAUUAUAUUUAUAUCAAAUUUUGAUCUCAUGUUAAUAAACCUAUGUUAUUUUAAUAGAAUUUCAAAUACAUUUGUAUUAUCUAGUCUUUCAAA